CCACACACUCGAACAUUACAACAUUUGACUUCUUUAUCCACCCUCAGCCUCCCACUCACAUUCCAGUUCUAAGAGACACCGGAGAGAGCAGCUUGCCGUAAACACUCUUUGACGCUAAAGGCCAUUUGACGAACGUAUUUCUUUUAGUUUAUUUUUAUAGACAGUUGUGCGUGGCAGCUAAUUCUGAGCAGGUGCACUGUGACCUAAGUGGGAGAUGGCGAAACCCACCUACCUGUAUUCCUGUUUUUUACACGGAAACGCCACACAGAGAGUGCUGUGAAAUUCAACUGUCUACAUGCUGACUCACACCAAACACACACACACACACACACACACACACACACACACACACACACACACACACACACACACACACACACGGGGAAUUUCAUAAACAACCCGGAUCUCCUCAUGCCGUCACCGGGAGGAGGCGGUGUGCUAUAGCUGAAGGGGGAGAAGGUCCACGGAGGAGCCGGGCAUGUUCAAACAUAUCCAGGCAGACCAGCCUACCAGGCUCUCAGAUUGGAUUUAUUCACACACUCUAUAUGAGAGUUUUGGUGUAGGUUGACAUUACCAAUGCCAUAGCUAAAACCCCUAUGUUUUUCUUUCUAGAGGGACACAUAACACUGAUAACAACUGAGAUGUGCGUUUAAUUGAUUCAUCUUAAGACACUUCACUGCUGAAGACUUUCCAAGGUUUGGCUCUGUCUGAAGACUGUGACUGAGCGUGAUCAUGUCUCUCCCGGCCAAAGUGAUGAGAGACGGGCUGCUGGAGAAGCGCAGCAGCGGGCUCCUCCAGCUGUGGAAGAAGAAGCGCUGCGUGCUCACCGAGGAUGGGCUUCGACUUCACAACUGCAAAGGCGGCAACGGUGAUGCUACGGGCUCGGUGUGGAGCUCCAAAGCCAAGGAGCUCCGCUUUGAGCGCAUGGUCACGGUGGACUCUGUGGAGUACAAGCGGGGGCUGGUGUACUUCACUGUGGUGAUGGCUACGGGUAAGGAAAUUGACUUUCGGUGUCCGCAGGACGGCACGGCGUGGAACGCGGAGAUUGCUUUGGCACUGGUGCGCUUUAAGAACCUGCAGGCCGUUAAGACCGGGAGGAACCGACACCUGUCUACGGCACACCUGGGUAGCACUGGGGAGGAUGAGGAGCUCUGAGCCUUUCUGUUGUCAUGGGAGUGAGCAAUCAGAGUGGAGAAGCAAAGAAGACACCAGAUCCAUUGGUUUGAUUCCAUUGGUGCACAAGCAUGAUGGGAUGUACAGAAUGGCCAUCAGUCAAUAUGGAUUAAUGGACUGAGAACAAGUGUUGCAGAUUCUCUUGUAUACCUAUGAGCUUAUUCACACAAAGAAUAGGAAUCUUAAACGCUGUAAGCAUGGAUGUGUUUUUCUCUGUCAUGACCCCGCUGCUUGAGGUCAAUAUGGAGACCACUGCAUAAGGAAAAGAUGCCGUUAUUUGGACAGAAACUGUGGAGCUGGGACACUGUCUACACCUGUGCCUUGAUGUUUAAAAAAUGUCUUCUGUUUUGCGCAUAUUUUUCCAGUAAUUAGUAACGUUGCUGAAACAGGAGGCAGUUUGUUUCUUCAGUCUUACUUUUGAUGGAAACACAUCGCUGACUGGCUUUGAAAACUAUUAUAGACUGAAAAGAUCUGCAUGUUUUUCUAAAGCUGGUCAUGAAGAAUAAGUAUUUUGCUCAUAUUCAUUGCACAUCGUAUUCUACAAAUUUGCUGAAACCAUGUACAGUAUUAUAUACUUAAAAAGCUAAAAUAAAUUUUUUUUCAGUA